AUGGUAGAUCUACCACCAGUUAAACAAUCUGUUACUAUUACAACGACUAAUGAACUUAAAUCACGAGCAUUUAAAAGUAGCAUAGGUGUUCUACCAAUUCGUCGUAGUGAAUCAAUACCGGAAUUAAAUUUAGUUCAUUUACGUGGACGAUCAGUCACAGCAGCAGGAGGUAAUAAUGAUGAUUUAGCAAGUAGUCGUGUUGGUACGAAUACUCCAGUAACACCAAGACGUCCAGUACCUUUAGCAGAAUCUAUUGAAAUUAAUUUUAUUGAACGUCGUGAACCAUUACCAGCAAUUUUACCUAUGGUUGGUACAACACAUACAGCUACACUUCAAGAAAGACAACCACAAAAAAAACCUAUUAUUCAAGUACCAGCAGUAAAGAAACGAAAAAUUGAUAUAGUUGUUGGUGAACCUGAACAACUACCACGAACUACACCACGAUCUGUUGUUAAUCGUAUGGUUCAUGAAGCACGAUUAUUAACUCAAUCAAUCGGUGGCGAUCGUACAACACCACAUAGUCGAUUAUCUAGUAAACAACAAUCUUAUGGUACAUCAUCAAGUAUGUCAAUAACUCAACAACAAGCUAUAACAACGCCAAGUGAUGAUCCAACACGUGCAGCAGUUGAAAAUUUAAUAGCAUCAAUAAAAUCUAAACAAUUACAAGAAACUCAACGACAAUCUGAUCGUAAAAUUCUUGAUAUUAUACAUCGUGUACUUGGUAGAACAAUUGAUCUUGUUUAUGAUGAAGAUGAACAAGAAAAAAUUCGUCAAGAACAAGAACAACAAAUAAUUAGUGAAGAAGAAAAACGAAUACCUAUAAUUAUUGAAGAAGAAAAUGUGAGUGUUAAUUUACGAGCACCAGAUGUAAGUCGAAUGGAUCUUGACAUUGACGAUGAAAACGAUCAAGAAGACGAAGAAAGAGAAUAUGAAGAUAUUGAUGAAAAAGAUAAAACUAUUGAUAAAAUUAAACUAAUAGAUGAAGAUGAAAAAAUUGAUAUGUCAAAUGAUCCACUCUAUCGUCGUAUGUUAUUAGGAAUUUCAGAUGAAGAUUUAUUAAAUGUACAAGGUACUCGAAUAAAUGUACCAACACCAAUAUUUCCAAAAAAUCAAGCAUUACCUACUAAAAAAAUUAAACAUGAUGAUAAAAGUAUUCAUCAUUUUUGUAUUCAAACAGCUGAUGACAAAAAUAUCAUGUCAAAAGAAGUUCGAGCCAUUACUCAAUUAUAUCAUGAACGAGCUCGAUUUCGACAUAAAUUACCUAUGUCUGCUACAUAUUAUAAACAUGGACAAUUACCAAAUUUUCCAAUUAAGGAAACAAAUGAGAAUGAAGAAAAUGAAGAAAAUGAACAAAAAAUUUCAUAUCCAGUUCAAUCGAAUAAUCCUUCAAUUCCCUAUGAUGGUUUAAUGUCAUUAGAUACUGAUCUUAAUGUAUGGCAACGUCGUGCUGCUCAAUCAGUUCAACCAAAAAUUGAAGGAAGUUCUGCUCUUUCUCAAGAUCCAUAUCUAAUUCGUUUAUGGACACCAGCACCACCAAAAAUGUAUAUUCAUCCACGUCGUAUAAAAGAACGACUUUUUGUUGAUUAUACAUCUGUUAAUGCAAAAGAAAUUCAAGAUAAUGAAGAUGAAGAAUUAAGUAUAGCCGAUGAACAUAAAUCAAUUUUUACAAAUUUUAGUGAACCAGAUCUAUUAAUUGAACAAUCUUUUAUUAUUCCUGUUAUAAAACCAUAUAAAUCACUUGAACGUUUACCAUCAACAAUUGAUCAUAGUGAUGAAUUUCAAAUGAUUCCAACAAUGAUUCGAUCGACUCGUUCAUGUUCAGAUUUAACAUCAGAAACUGCAAUUCGUUUUGAUACAAGUUAUGCAUUUACAUUAGAUGAAACAAAACAUCAAAUUGAAGCUCGAAAAAAUGUUAAAAUUGAAUCAACUGCACCAGUCUCAAUUCCUUUAGAUGAAACACAAGUUAUAUCGUCUCAAUCAGUCGAAAUAACAACAGAUGCUAAAGAAAAUCUACCGAACGAAAAAGAAUCAAUUAUUGAUGAAAAACCUGAAGAAUCAUCUGGAGAUUUUAAAUACUUUCGAAAAACAAAUCGUUCAGUACAUUAUGAACAAUCUGUUGCUGCUGGUCGUCGAUUUAUAUCAAGUGGUCGUCUUCGAGCAAGUCGUCGUGCUCGAAAAGAUGCUCGUUUUUGGGAACGUAUGGAUGCUAUUAUUGCUAUUGCUUCAGCUCCACCACGUUAUCCACCUAUAUCACGACGUCAUUCAUUUCAUGAAGCAAUUUUUUAUGAACGAAAUCAUCCACAUAUAUUAAAAGAAAAAUUUCGUCAACGUCGAACAAGUCUUGAACGUGAUAAUAAACAAAAUUUUGAUGAAAUUAUUAAAAUAAAAUAUAAAUUUGAUGAAACACGUGUUAAAUCAGCUGGAAGACGUUUAUUAAAUGAAUUUGAAUGGACACGUGAUUUAUGGUAUAAUUGGCUUGAUGAAUAUAUAGCUGAAUUAGAUAAAUGUGAAUCAAUAAGACAAGAAAUUGAAAUGAAACAAAAAAAUAUUCUUACAACACCAAUUGAAGAAACAUCAAUAAUAACUAUAGAUGAAAAUGAAACUGAUGAAAAUCAAAUAAAAAAAGCAUCUAAUAUUCAACUUGAACCAAUUACAAAUCUUGAAUUAGCUGAUAGUGAAGAACGUCGUUUAAUUGAAGAUGAAAUACAUCGUUUAACAAUAUUAAUUAAUCAAGAUUCACAUGAUGUAUUUAGUUUAACACGACGUGGAGGUUUAUUAC